GUCCAGAGGUCCCUAGCGGGAUGGUGCCUCGGUGCCAGGUUGAAGUAUUGUAUUUUGCAAAAAGUGCUGAAAUAACAGGAGUUCGUUCAGAGACCAUUUAUGUGCCACGAGAAAUAAAAGCGUUGCAGCUGUGGAAGGAGAUAGAAACUCGACAUCCUGGAUUGGCUGAUGUUAGAAAUCAGGUAAUAUUUGCCGUUCGUCAAGAAUAUGUCGAGCUUGGAGAUCAGCUCCUCCUGCUUCAACCAGGAGACGAAAUUGCUGUCAUCCCCCCCAUUAGCGGAGGGUAGUGCUUUUGAGCCAUGUAGAGGAGAUAUGGAUGAAGUUGAAGAGAAAUCUAAAGACAUUAUAAACUUUACUGCCGAGAAACUUUCAGUAGAUGAAGUCUCACAGUUGGUGAUUUCUCCGCUCUGUGGUGCAAUAUCCCUAUUUGUAGGGACUACAAGAAAUAACUUUGAAGGGAAAAAAGUCAUUAGCUUAGAAUAUGAAGCAUAUCUACCCAUGGCGGAUAAUGAAGUCAGAAAGAUUUGUAGUGACAUUAGGCAGAAAUGGCCAGUGAAACACAUAGCAGUGUUCCAUAGACUUGGCUUGGUUCCAGUGUCAGAAGCAAGCGUAAUCAUUGCUGUAUCCUCAGCCCACAGAGCUGCAUCCCUUGAAGCUGUGACCUAUGCCAUUGAUACUUUAAAAGCCAAGGUGCCCAUAUGGAAAAAGGAAAUAUACGAAGAGUCAUCAUCUUGGAAAAGAAACAAAGAGUGCUUUUGGGCAUCCAACAAUUAAUCACUUAACAUUUUUAGAGCAUGCAAUCUUAACUUUGUUUAUUAUCAUUGAUCACAUUUUGAUUUUUUUUUCUCUCCACAUUAGGAUAGUUUACUGAAGUACAAUCUCUUAUAUUAUACCAGUAGGACAAAAGGGAGAAAAAGGAAGCAAGAUAAAUGGGUAUGUAGGAUGAAUGGUUAUUUAAAAUGGAACUAAAGAUAGAAGGAGGACUGCAGGAAAGAAAUUGAAUAAUUUAAAUGUGAGGAAAGAUGUCUGUGGUAGACAUGCCCUUCCAUGACUAAUUUCUAAUUGUAUCUCAACUCACAUUGAGGUAUGGGUCCUCCUCAGUGACUUUAACUGGCUCGGAAAAAUACUCCCCCACUGACCCCACUUUACCAGCCCCGUCCCGGUUCAGGGAUAGCAUUGUUAUCAAGGAUGCAUGACAGGAAUGUUGGCAGAACUGGAAAGUAUUAAAAAAUCAUUAUCAGACAGUCUUGAUAUUGUAUAUUUUCAGAAAUAUAUUAAAAAUAAUAAACUGAAACCCAUGAUUUCAAAAGUUUAAAA